UUGGAUAAUUCAAGAGUUAUUUUACGCCGCGCUGGUAGUGAUUAUAUUCAUGCUAAUUAUAUUCGGCAUAAAGUUCUUCAAAACGAUUUCAUUCUAACACAGGGCCCACUAUCGAAUACUGUGGACGAUUUUUGGCAAAUGGUGUGGCAAGAACGAUCCGGGCUUAUUUUCAUGCUGUGCAAUUACAUGGAAGACCACAGUCAUAAAUGUGCCGAAUAUCUGCCAACGUUCGUUAUUUUAAAUUUAACUUGAAC